AUGAAGCCAAAUGAGAAAUUAAAGUUAAUUCAAGCUUUAAAUAUAACAAAUUCCGAUGAUAUAGUAUUUGUAGAACAUGUUGCAAGGCUAACCAAUGUUUUAGGUGUAGAAUUGUGUAAAAUAUGGGAAGGUGCAGAUCAAGAAACAAGAAAUGUUGCAUAUAAUCAGAUAGAAUAUUUACUUGAAUUUUUAUUAAAGUUUCUUGCAGAUGAAUAUGAUGAUACUUCAUCUGCUGUUUUUCCUUUUGUAACUGCAUUUCAAUCAUUAUUAAAAAGACAAAAAAAAAUAGCAGGUGAACUUACCGGUGAACAAAGAGAGUUUCUAGCUUCUUUGUUAAAAGUCGUUAUUAUAAAGAUGAAAUAUGAUGAAUCAACUGAAUGUAAUGGAUCAGAUGAAGAAGCUGAAGAAGAAGGUGAAUUUUUAGAAAUGCGAAAAUAUCUGAAACAAUUUUUUGAUGCAAUUCAUAAUAUGGACGAGCCAAUAUUUACUAUGUUUGUUCAUUCAGCUAUAAUCAAUACUUUAGAAAAUUAUCAAAAAAUUGGUAAUGAGUCAGAUUGGAGAGAUUUAGAGCUGAGUUUACAUGUAUUAUGUUUAUAUGGCGAGGCUCUUAAAGGAUCAAUGUCAUUUGCUUUAAAACAAAACAAUGAUGCUGUUGCUUUAUCUCCUUUAGGUGAAAUGAUUCUUAAAAUGUUCCAAUGUAAUAUUUUUACAUAUCCACAUCCAUCAAUCAUUUUAAGUUUUUUUGAAAUUGUUGUUCGUUACUAUCAAUUCUUUGAAAUCCAACCCGAAUAUAUUCCAACAGUUUUAAAAACAUUUAUUGAUAUACAUGGUCUACAUAGUAUUAAUUUACAAAUUCGUUCUAGAUCUUGGUUUCUUUUCUAUAAAUUUGUUAAAUCACUCAAAUCAAAAAUGAGCAAUUAUGUGGAAACAGUCUUGAGAAGUAUUCAGGAUUUAUUAAUAAUUCCAAUAGAUCCAGCCGCAAUUGAUAUAACUGAUGAACUUUUAUUAACUAAAGAAAAGGCUAUGGAUAAUACAUUUGCUAAUCAAUUAUAUUUAUUUGAAACUGUUGGAAUGCUGAUUACAAUUGAUUCUGUUCCUGUUGGAGUUCAAAUGGAAUAUUCAAAGGUUACCAUCGGCCAUUUACUUGCUGAAUUACAGCGAAAUCUUGAAACGGACUUGAAAGAUAAAUAUACAAUUCUCCAAAUACAUCAUUUGAUGAUGGCAAUUGGUAGCAUAGCAAAAGGAUUUCCUGAGGUGUCAAAAGGGGUAGCACCAACAGCCCCUUGGGUUGAUUUUAUGAAACAAACAACUGAGGCUAUUUUAAUAGUCUUGAAAUCUCUUAGCAGCGAGGAAAUUAUCCGAGAUUCUGCAAGAUACGCUUUUGCAAGACUUGUGAAAGUUCUUGGUAUAGAAAUAUUGCCAUACCUUCCACCUUUAAUUGAUGGACUGUUGAAAGCUGAGGAAGAAGCCGAAUUUUUAGAAAUGCGAAAAUUCCUGAAACAAUUUUUUGAUGUAAUUCAUAAUAUAGAUGAGCAAAUAUUUACUACAUUUGUUCAUUCAGCCAUAAUUAAUACUUUUGAAAAUUAUCAAAAAAUUGGUAACGAGUUUGAUUGGAGAGACUUAGAGUUGAGCUUACACGUGUUACUUUUAUAUGGCGAGGCUCUUAAAGGAUCAAUGUCAUUUGUGUUAAAACAAAACAAUGAAGUUGUUGCUUUGUCUCCUUUAGGUGAAAUGAUUCUUAAAAUGUUUCAGUGUAACGUUUUUACAUAUCCACAUCCAUCAACCGCUUUGAUUUUUUUUGAAAUUGUUGUUCGUUACUAUCAAUUCUUUGAAGUUCAACCCGAAUAUAUUCCAAUAGUUUUAGAAGCAUUUAUUGAUACGCGUGGUUUACAUAGUAUUAACUUACAAAUUCGUUCCAGAUCUUGGUAUCUUUUCUAUAAAUUUGUUAAAUCACUCAAAUCGAAAAUGAGUAAUUAUGUGGAAACAGUUUUGAGUAGUAUUCAGGAUUUAUUAAUAAUUCAAUUAGACCCAGCUAUAACUGAUGCAGCUGGCGAAAUUUUAUUAGCUAAAGAAGAGGCUAUGGAUAAUACAUUUACUAAUCAAUUAUAUUUAUUUGAAACCGUUGGAAUACUCAUUACAAUUGAUUCUGUUCCUAUUGAAACUCAAAUGGAAUAUUUAAAGGCUAUCGUUGGUCCUUUACUUGCUGAAUUACAGCAAAACCUUGAAACAGGUUCAAAAGAUGUGCGUACAAUUAUCCAAAUACAUCAUUUAAUGAUGGCAAUUGGCAGCAUAGCAAAAGGAUUUCCUGAGGCGUCAAAAGGUGUGGCACAAACGGUCCCUUGGAUUGAUUUUAUGAAACAAACAACUGAAGCUAUUUUAGUUGUUUUGAAAACUCUUAGUAAUUUUGAAAUUAUUCGAGAUUCUGCAAGAUAUGCUUUUGCAAGGCUUGUGAAUGUCCUUGGUAUAGAAAUAUUGCCAUAUCUUCCACCUUUAAUUGACGGAUUGUUGAAUGAAAUUAUUUUUGAUAUUUUAAAUGAAUUAAUUAAUCCAUUGUUCAGAAAAGUUUUUCUUGUUUUAAAUCAAACACCAUCUGGAACUGAUGAAGCUAUUUUAUUUGCGAGCCUUCGAAGGGCCUAUUUAAAUUUCAUCUUAGGAUUAUUAAAUGGUGGAAUGGAUCGAGUUUUAAUAAGCGAAUUGAAUAAACCAAAUUUAGAAAAUAUACUUCAAAGUGUAAUUCAUUAUGCUAGUGAUACAUCAGAAAUUAGUUCUAUUAAGAUUUCUUUUAACAUUUUAUCAAGGGCUAUAAGCUUAUGGGGUAUUUGUUCAUCACCAACAAUUACUACUACAACCGCCAACAGUCCUUCUACUUCAAAUGGUACUUCUUCUAGAACUUUAGAAUCUCAACCUUUACCUGGGUUUGAACAUUUUAUGUAUGAACAUAUAUUACGUGUUUGUUUUGAACUUCCAAUGAAACAAUCAUUCGAUGUUGCUGAUGGUCAAUCAUCAGUGGUUUUAGGCGAAAUCUCAAACAUGAUUAAAACUAUGUAUACACUGAGAGGCAAUGAAUUUCUUGAAUAUACAAGGAAUAUUUGGUUGCGACAAGAUCUUGCUGAUGAAUUCUUGCAAGCUUUACAACAAUUAGAUCAAAAAGCUUUUAAAAAAUAUUUUACGGUAUAG